UGACUGUGUUGAUUAAAGAAAUUAGAACUAUACUCAGAAUAAAAGCAGAUAAUGUAGAAAUGUGGUCUUUGGAAGAAAAUAAGGAAAUUAAAGAAAAUGAGUUGGAAAUUGAAAUUAAUCAAUUAGAAGAAAAUAAGGAAAUCGAAGCUACUAAUCUCGAAAAAAAAUCAAAAAAAGAUAAUAACAAUAG